UCUACGAGAGGAGAAGAAGACUUCGCUUCUUCGCAGGGACCAGCGCGUCUUCUUGUCCUCCAAAAUGUCCAAGUUACAGCAGCUCAGACUCUUCGUGAAUGAGCGUCUGACAGCAGCAGCGGAGGAAAUCUUCGGCGCCGUGGAGAGAACCAUAUUAGAGUUUCACACUGACAAAGCUUUUGUGUCCCAGUCAGAAGAUGUGAAGCCCAACGAGCUGCUAACGCUAGCCGAGGCUCUGAAAGCGGAGGAGGAGGAGGUGUUCCCGGCAGGCUCCCACCAGGUGAGUGUAUCCGAAGCAGAGGUCUCCACACAGACAACAUAUGCUCAGGCCAGUCAGCUGUUGGUGAAGCAGGACACACUGAGAGCAGACUUUCUGGUAAAUCAGGAACACUGGCCGAGAGGAGACAAAGGCCAGCUGCAGGAUCUGUUACACUGUGAAGCUGUGGCUUGUUUCAAAUCUGAGCAGAGCGCAGGGUCCCCCUCCUCAUGCUUUCAGAGCCAAAGUGUGGCAAGCACACAGGGAGUAGUGCUUUUCCCCCAUGCCUCAACAGAGUCUAGAAAAAUUAAGCAGGAAGCAGAUGGAUGUGGAGGAUCGGAUUUCUGCCAGCCCAUCUCCUCAGAUAGUGGGGCUGAAAAUGAUGCCUGUGAUAAUGAAAGGAUGGAGAGCAGAGCAUCCAAUUCAAAGACAGUGCAGCCAAAAACAAAGGCAAAGCAGAAGCAGAAGAGUUCCAGCUUAAGCACUAAGAAAAGGACAAGUCCUUUCUGUUGUAAGCUCUGUGGAGAAUCUUUCUGCCACAGGAAUUCAUUGAUGAUUCACCUGAAAACACACGGAGACUGUGCGCUGCAGCACAUAGAAACACACAAGGAGGACAAUCUGUGUCACGUCUGUGGCAAAACAUUCACCACAAAGACCCAUUUAAAAAGGCACAUGCUGAUCCACACGGGUCAGAAGCCUCACUGCUGCAAGGAGUGCGGCAGGAGAUUCGCACGAGGCGAGUGUUUGAGAGUGCACAUGAGGAUCCACACAGUGGAGAGGCCGUACACAUGUGGAGUGUGCGAGAAAGGAUUCAGACAGAGAAGUAAUCUAAUUACUCACAUGAGAAAGCAUACGGGAGAGAAACCUUACCGCUGUGGCAUCUGCUCAAGACCAUUUGCAUACAAGAAGGACAUGCUGAGACACACGCAGAUCCACACAAAGACGUGAAAAACUCAGUCCACCGGGAUGAGCUUUGGUCUAGUACUUCUGAGUUUAACUUGUUUGCUAUUAUAAAUUCUUUUCCUUUUGGUUAAGUGUGAAAAAAGAGAUGGUGAGUGUGUGUGUAUUAAUAGAGCAAAGUGCAUUUUCAAAAUGCUUGUUGUAGAUUGCAAGGGCUAGGCAGUUAAUCCCAUUUUAACCUCCUUUACUACUACGACUUCCAACAGUACUAAAAAAAACAAAAACCCACAUUUCAUAAAUAUUAAAAAUAAGCGUCUGCUGCUGCCUGGAUGUAUUCAUACCUGUCUGCAUGGUCAGACAUCUCAGUUGAGCUAACAGUUCUGAGUUAUUUAACCCCGAGUUUCUGUUCCAGAGUCGACUUCAGUUCUGAGUCAGUCACGAGGGUUAUUUCCUCACUAUAAAUCCAAGGGUUUUUCUGUUUUUAUACACAUGGAUAUAUCUAUCCAUAGAUGUAGAUAUAUCUUUUCAUGG